GCUACAGUCUACAAAUUAAAAUUUUAAUUAUUGAUUUAUAUAUAUAUAUAUAUCCACGAUUUGCUCAAAUAUGAAGUUGAUGUGGAAUUUGAUGUAAGUCUUACAACACCACAACACCCUCAUACUGAACCAUUUUAGGUUAUUUUUGGUUUCUAAGCAGCAAACAUGUCGGAGAGCGAAAGUUCGACCCAAACAGAAGAAAAAGUUGUAUUCAAACGUAAGAAGAAUCGUAAGGUAUUACGACAGAGAAUCAAAACUGAGGAAAGUGAUGAUGAAAGUUCAGAGCAGGUGAGUUCCAAAUUGUCAGAGAUGAGGGAGCUGCAGAAAUUGAGAGAGCGUCCAAAUGGUGUUAGUAUUGUAGGACUAGCUCUAGGAACCAAAAUUCCACCAGAAGAAGAGAUCAUAGUGAAAGACCAUUUCAAUGUGCAAAUAGGAGGUAUGAUAAAUAUGCAAGCAUUAAAAAAUGGUAAAUUGAAGCAAGUUGAUGAUGCCUAUGAUACUGGCAUAGGAACCCAGUUUUCUGUAGAAACCAACAAAAGGGAUGAAGAUGAAGAAAUGAUGAAGUUCAUAGAAGAUCAGUUGUCUAAGAGGAAGGGCAAAGAAACAACUACCAAAGAAGGUGAAACACAAGGUAAUAGUAGUUCCACAUACCUAAGCCCUGAAGAAGCAGCUUUACAGUCAGUACCUACCCAUUUAAGAGAGUCGUCCACAAAGCGUUCAGAAGAGAUGUUGUCAAACCAGAUGCUAAGUGGCAUACCAGAGGUGGACCUGGGAAUUGAGGCCAAAAUUAGAAAUAUUGAAGCGACAGAAGAGGCGAAGUUGAAGUUAUUGAUGGAAGAGAAGAACAAGAAGGAUGGACCAUCACAAUUUGUUCCUACAAAUAUGGCAGUGAAUUUUGUUCAGCAUAACCGAUACAGAACAGGCUUUUCAAUGAAAAACAACUUAGGACACAAACGGGUUUAUUAAAGGAAAAUACCAAAGUUAACUGUAAAUCUUCUGAAUUCCAGUUGAGGUAAAAGUACGCAAUCCACGGCACCGGGGAAAAUUUAACAUUGACCAGGCCGAAGUUCCAGCAAAGAAAAAAAAAAUUGAAGCUGAACCUGGCAAAACAGCAAAAAAUGAAAGGGCAACGGAUGACUAUCAUUAUGAAAAGUUCAAGAAACAAUUUAGGAGGUAGUUAAUAAGUUGUGCUGUGUGAGCGUCUAAAUCACAUUUUAGUUACAUUGAACAUACAGUGUACUUGGCAUACUGGUAAAUAUCUCGUACGUAUGUGGUGCAAAAGUAAGAUAUACAAACAUAGAUAAAUAACAGCUUUAAAAGUUAUGCCAAUAGUAAACAUGAAACGAAUGAAAAUUGGUACCAAUGCUUUGCGUUUUUUUCUUUAUGAACAAAAGAACAUUCCAGUGGUUGCCACAGAUGAAACAGCAAAGCAGAUUAAAGGCAAUAAGUGAAGAAAGAUUAGGACUUAAUAUUUUCAGCACCUGUACAAGGCUGUCUUAAGUUCUUAUCACGUGUUCGUCUCAAGCUUUUUAAUGUGUUUUGCGAUAAAAUAAGUAAUUUGAAUUUUUAUUUUCAUAAUUUUUUUAUUAAACUAGCCAAUAGUGAUCAUGGAUUUGACCUUGAUAGUGACCUUGAAGAUUGUGGUCAAGGUCAGGUAUAUUUUUAAUAAUGGCGGUACACCUUGUUUGUCACCAGGAAUAUGGAUAAAGCGACAUAUCUACUUUUAUGUAGUCCUCCUAUAAAACCCUCAAGCCCCCAAUUAGGAUAUUAUCAUACUUUGUAAUGUUGACUGAGAAGUAAAAUUGUCGUUGAGGUUCAUUCCAGACUAGCCAUUGUGAACCUGGAUCUGCCCAUGACCAUGACCUUGAAGGUUAUGUGGUCAGGUUCAUCAUUUUUUUAAUUGAGGCAGUGAUGCGGUUUAUUUUGACUGGCUAAUAAUGGGUAUUGCUUUGACUAGACCUAGAUUUUCUAGGAUCCGAAGUAUUUCUUCUAUGAGGUGUUAUGAAGUAAUAAAAGGGUAUUGUUGAAAUAUAGGCUAAAGGCUAGGGUGAUGGGGGUUUUUGAGGAGGUCUGGCAUUUCUACUGUGAAUAGUGUAUAGGCAUGCGGAGAUUAGAGGCCAGUCAAAGCAAGAUAUAUUACCGCGUCAGUCAAAAUAAGCCACAUCGUUGCCAACAAGGAUGUCCCACUUGAAAGUUUGACUUGACCUUGACCAUAACCUUCAAGGUCACGGUCAAAUUCAUGUUGACCAUUGCUCAGUCUGGAACCAGCCUCAAAAACAGUACUUUUUACUUACCUGUCAACAUUACAAGUUAUUAUAAUAUCCUACUUCUAUCAAUACACUCUAAUUGCGGUGGUUUACUGUCAAAUGUUGCGUUUCCAAAAUGCUCAUUGACUACAUGAAAGUAGAUUUUUCGAUUUGUCCAUUUUGCUGGUAGAGAAGUAGUAUGUACCCCAUCUAAAAACUUAACUUGACCCUAACUAUAAGCUUCGAGAUAUCUAUCAAAGUUAAAACCAUCACCACUGGCCAUGCUGGGAGAAAUCCUAACAAUUGAAUGUUUUACUUAUUAUAUGUAAUACUAAUUUAAAUUUUAUGUUCUCCCAUAUCUAUCAAUAACCUCUACUUGGGAGGCUUCUGGCUUCCGUAGGAGUCGGUAAGGGGUUUCUAGAGAUUGGCACCAUUGGAACUGAAUCGCCAUGGUGGAAACUACCUUCUAUGCAAAAUUUCAAAUAAUUUAGCUGAAACCCAUUUUUCAUAAGAAAACUGCGGAGGUUUUUGAUAUGAAGGUUGGCGUGAAAAAAAAUCAUGGUCUAUAAGCAGGACUUUUGUAAAAUAACUCAAAUUUCAAGUUAAUCGCACCUAUAAAAUGUUGGCAUUUGAAUAUUUUAGAACAUAUGUAUUUUAAACCUUCAUAAAAAUUUUCUUAUUCAUUUUAAUACCUGAUUAUUUUUAGAUACCCAAACUUCGCAAUUUUGGCAUUUUUGUUCAUAAUUCAUCUAUUUGCGUAUAUUUUAUAUGAGCGCAAUAUUACCACCCUCAAAUCUAGAAUAAAAUACACCAGGAUCAAACUAAGAUACAAAAAAAGUGACCACAGUGAAGCAAGACACUUCUAUUUUUACAUGAUUUGUGAGUCAAUAGUCUGGAUUUGGUUUCCAUUGUCAUUUUACAUAAUCCCACUUACUUUUUCCAGUUAUUGCACAGAUUUUAAAUGUUAAAUUUCAUAUCGUGUCAUGCAUCUACAAUUCCGGCCGCACACAGAUCCAUACAUUUUGUAUCGAAACAGUUUCGGUCUGCUUUGACUACUUGCACUCUGCACAUAGGUCGAAGCAUUUUUAAUUUAAAACAACUUUUUUGUACACCAUCAUAUUAUACAACCGGCACCCGUAUUAUGUAUCUUGAAAAGCCUCAUUAUCGGUUUGUUCGUACAAUGGUCGGUGUGACUGGGUGUGGGAUCCGGCCGUGUUAAUUCCAUCUAUUUAGCAUAGCAGAUUGAACUGAAUUCAUGUGGCGGGAUCUUGGACACCUAAAAAGCCUUAAAUUCUUUAAAACUCUACAGUUAUCCACUUGAGAAAAUACAACUUUAUUCAGUAGGACUUUUCAUAUAAAAAAGACGUGGCAUGAAAAUCUAUAUUAGACCUUGCAACUUUUAUAUCAAACUUUUUAUUAACAGUCGAUCAUACAAAGCACAUAGGCAGGGCUCGUUUUUAGAACUUCGGCCUGCAUACAAAAAAAACGCCAAUACAUUUUCAUCACUUUAUUUAUACAGUCUGCUGUUUACAUACAAUUACUUUUCCAUGUCACUCAUCAUUAUCACAGUUAAAAUCUAGUAGAUACUUAGUAGGUUUAGGUCUACAUUGUCACUUUUAUUUAUUAUGUGUAUGUCCGGGUCUAUACUUCAUUAAAUCGAUGUUGUUCACUUUUUGUAAAUCUAAAAUUAUUACUUUUCACAUCACACUUUUCAGGUUAAAAAUCAAUUAAUAGGAAUUGAUACUGGUUAAAAUGACACGUCCACACUUUGAGAAAGUCACUUUUUUGUAAAAUUGGUUGGUACACGACAAUUUUCAGAUAGAAAAGAUCACUAUAUUCUCAUAAAUGGAGGAUGGUAAAACGUUUCAGACAUUCCUAAACAAAAAAGUGACAGCACUUUUUACGUCAUCCAAAAAUUAAGAUAUUAACAAAAUAGAUAUGAUUCUGUAUUCAUUGUAGUGAGUGAUAUUUGCAUAGCAGGUACGAACUUUCUCAUAUUUUGUCUACUAUAUCAGUACAUUCGUUAGUUAAAUUCCAUAACUCAAGUUGUAAUCCUUGGUAAAUGAUUGUGAGCCUAAUGUCUAUUUGAUUAUCUUCUUUGAAAGCAUCAUUACUAUUAGCGUAUUAUUAAAUGUUAUAAGGAUGUUGACUGAAGACUAGCUAUACAUUUUACUUGCCCAGUAAUAAAUAUUGCUUAAACUGUGAAAAUCCAUUAAUUAGGUGUUUCAGAAAUAUUGUCGUUAAAGACGCAUGAUGUUACUCCUAUACCUACCAAGGCAUCCACUCAACCUUGUGCUUAUAGCUCACUAUAAACACGACUGAGCACUCGAAACUAUAAUUUUGUUUUUGCUGAAAUGAAACGACAAAGCUAACUAAAACAAAAAAUUGAACAUUACUCAGAGUCCCACCCACUUGCUUGCAAGCCCCUCCUGGUUGAUGCGAAUCCCACCCAUUUGAGACGUACCCCGUAUCUUAGUAUACUUUGAGUUGGUGUUUCUCGUCGAAACCUGCAGAAUGGCCUGCGUUUCUCACUAUGAAAGUGGAACCGUCGUAGUGCAUGCGUCUUUCCCCUCUCCGCACAAAUAGGUGGCGAGUUUGCCCCAUCGAACCGGUACAGUGCAUGUAAGGGGUCGAAACAGAAGCUGAGCCAUUGGUGGGAGAAGUGCGGAGAGAGUAUUUGUUGCUGUUGCGACCCACACGAACCAAACCUGUAAUAAAUAAUAGAAACAAUGAGUAUUUCGUGCAGCUACUAAAAUCAUCUCUCCUUCUACUUUUUGUAUUUUUUGACCAAAGGUUGUACUUGAAUUGGUCUUGGGCAUUGAGGAUCAAUAUUUAACUAAUGGGACUAUUGGGAACUGG